AUGGAAUCUAGGUUUUUGAAUUGUAUGAGGGAUCUGUAUUUACAUCAGCUGAUUUCUAAAGCUACUAGGUUUCGUACUUCACAAAAAUCCAAUAUAUUGGACUUGAUUCUAGUUCAUGACAAGGAUGUGGUUGCCAAAAUCGAUUAUUACUCCCCAAUUGGGAAUAGUGAUCAUAUUGUUCUGGUUUUCAUAUUGAGACAUACUUGGAAUUUAGUUAUAAAACGUGCCAAGCAAAAAUAUAAUUUUAACAAAGGUGAGUAUGAUAAGAUGAGAGUUUAUAUCAGAACUGAAUUAAGUAAAGAAAUGUGUGUAUUUAAACAAGUUUAUAAUGUUGUGAAACUCAAUGAAGCCUGGAGAAAAAUAAAAGACAACCCAAAAGUGUUCUGGCAGAACAUUAAUAAAGCCAGAAAAAAUAGAGGGGAUAUUGAUGUCCUUCAUAAGUUGGAUGGUCAGGGCAAGCUAUUUUACUUUCAAAUUUUAAUCAUAUUUAGACGUUUUGCUCAAUGGAUGCACAUCUCUGAUCAAGCAACAGCAAAGGCAAUCAAAGUCCAGAAUCACAACGCUGCAGGCAACAAUAAGAAAACUUAUGAAUGA